GGGCUGUCAAAACUAUUAACCUCUUUGCAAUUUAUUGCAUAGUUUUAUAAGUAUUUUAAUAUAUUGUGUAGCACCAAAAAUGGUCUAGUAUUUUAUUUUAUUUUAUCGAAAUGUAAAAAAUAAAUAGUAUAUUUUUAAAUGCAUUCAGAAAGUUGAUAAUGGAAAGUGAUAAACGAGCACAAUUUGGCAAUAGAUAUUUAGGCAAAGACGAUGAUGUAUUCAGUCAUAACGCUUGGGAUAAUGUUGAGUGGAGCCCUGAACAAGAAGAGGAAGCACGUAAAAAAGUGGAGAAAAUCUCAGAGGUUGUCUUAGAUGCUGCAAAACUUAAUGACUACGAAGAAAAUGCAAAUAAAUAUUGGGAUACUUUUUAUGGAAUUCAUCAAAACAAAUUUUUCAAAGACAGACAUUGGUUAUUUACCGAAUUUCCAGAAUUAGCACCUCAUUAUAAAGAUGUUCCUAAAAGUGUACACGAUAAGCAACCAGAUGACUUGACAAGUGCAAGUGAACAAUUUGAAUCAUGUUCAAUAUUUGAAAUUGGUUGUGGUGUAGGCAAUGCUAUAUUACCAAUUUUGCAAUAUAAUAUAAAUCCUAAAUUAAAAUUGUAUGGGAGUGAUUUUUCUGCAAAGGCUAUUGAUAUUUUGAAAGAACAUGAACAAUUUGAUGCUAAAAGAGCUCAAGUAUUUGUUCUAGAUGCAACAGAGAAAAAUUGGGAUGUACCUUUUGAAAAGAACAGUUUGGAUAUAAUUAUAUUGAUAUUUGUAUUAUCGGCAAUAAAUCCUGAAAAAAUGCAACAUGUUGCAAAUCAGAUAUAUCAUUAUUUAAAACCAGGUGGAAUUAUUGUAUUCAGAGAUUAUGGGCGAUAUGAUUUAGCACAACUAAGAUUUAAACAUGGUCAGUGUUUACAGGAAAAUUUCUAUGUUAGAGGAGAUGGAACAAGGGUAUAUUUUUUCACACAAGAUGAAAUAAGGACCUUAUUUACUACAGCAGGUUUAAUUGAAGAGCAAAAUAUUGUUGACCGAAGACUCCAAGUAAAUCGUGGUAGACAAUUAACAAUGUACAGAGUUUGGUUGCAAGCAAAGUAUAGAAAACCUGUAUAAUGAUAAAAUAUUUUA